AUGGAACUCGAUGCAGCUUCUGCAGGCCAAAAACGAAGUCUUGACGAACACGAUCCCGACACAGCUGCAACGCCCACAGCAGCCUCGAAGAAGCGCAGGAUUGAUGGAGAAAACGCAGGCUCUACGACGCCAGGCGCCUUGAGCACCAUCGCCUCGGCCAUCUCGGGCGUUUUUGGAUACGGCAAAAAGGCUGCCGAAACGCAGACACCGACCGAUGCCGCGGCGAAUGGCGUCUUCUUGCCAAAGCCACUGCUGCCGCUAUCUACAACAUCACCGAAUAGGAGUAAGCCAGCUAUCAAGCUAGCGGCUCUGAUUGGGACGAAAUGGGAUACUGGAGACUUGAUCAAGCCGUCGGCGGCGAAAAGGGGGAGAGGAGGGAGGCGGAAAGCGGCCCCCGUGCCGGAUGCUAUCUCAGCAACAGAAUCGGCAGCGCCUUCAGGUAGAGGCAGGGGAAGGGGAAGGGGGAGAGGUAGCAGAGGCGGGAGAGGCAGCAGAGGAGGGAGAGGACGAGGCGGAGCCAGAGACACGGCCAGGAAAGAGGACGAGGCGGAGGACAGCAUCGAUGCCGUUGCAAACGAGGCCAAACCAGAAGCCGUGGCCGUGCCUCACGAAUCGCCUUCAACGGUGCGCUCGAUCAGGCGUCUCGACUUGAUGCCGCUUUCCAAUGGCAUGCUUGACACUACAGCGGACGAGCUUUCGACGAAUGAGUUCCCUACCGUCAGUCCUCUGAAGAGCAGAAGCCUCAAUCUAAACCAGAGACUGGCUGAGUCAACGAGUGCCGCGUCGACGCCAAAGAGCAUCCUAUCUCCGACCAAGAAAGAGGGACCUCGGCCGCAAAAGAACGUUUCUUUCAACAAGAGCAUCGAUGCCGAAGCCACCACUGAGGUCUUUUUUGAGGACUUGCCCAAGGGGCCCAGCGCCAAAAAGAAGCCUGGUCGAAAGCCCAAGCAGGCUCAGCCUGUUGUUGCUGCCACGGAUGAGAUUGUAUGCGGCGUGUGCUCUAGGCCAGACUCGCAAGCACCCAACGAGAUUAUCCUAUGCGAUAACUGCGACUUUGCUGUCCAUCAAAUGUGCUACGGAGUACGAGAGAUUCCAGAGGGCGAUUGGCUAUGCAAGUCGUGCGCGCAGGAAGACGUCUUGGGACUGACCAAGAAACCGACUGAGGAGGCUUCUGAAACGGCUGCCAACCGGGUGACGGCCCCUGUUGUCGAGGUGCCGGAGAUUCCCAACCUAGACCAUCACUUGCGCACCCUGCAGAGAGUUCUCCUGGAUCGGUGCAACGGCCGGAGGACGAUUCGCAUGUUCGGCCAGCAAGAUCAAUACGAGAAGGCGCAUCAGCUCAUUGAGCAGACUGUCAUGAUCAACAACAUUGUCAAGGACAUGUCACGGGAACAUCGACAGGAUUUCCAUAUUGUUAGGCUCAACGGAUUCAUCCAUACAGAUGACAAGCUAGCGCUGAAGGAAAUCUGGAGACAGCUUGGAAAAGAGAUGCAGGUUGACGACGACUUGCUGAACCGAUCCAACUAUGCGGACACCAUGGCAUCCUUGUUGGCACUGCUGUCCCACCCUUCGGAAAUCCUGGGGUUAGAUGAGGGAGUCACGUCGCAAUCCGUGAUAUUCAUCAUUGACGAGUUCGAUCUGUUUGCGACUCAUCCCAGGCAGACGCUUUUGUACAACUUGUUCGACAUUGCACAAUCCCGAAAGGCGCCCAUUGCGGUCUUGGGCUGCACAACGCGCCUCGACGUGGUGGAGAUGUUGGAGAAGAGAGUCAAGAGCCGGUUCAGCCACCGAUAUAUUUAUUUGUCUUUACCCAAGAAUCUAGCGGCUUUCUGGCAAGUGUGCCGACAGGGGCUCAUGCUCGGGGAUGUCGAACCGGAGGAAGAAGGGCUGGACCGGAGCGUCGAAGGAUUCAGCGAAUUCCAGGCGUAUUGGGAUCACAGGAUUGAGGAUCUCUACAAACAGCGAGCAUUUCAGGACUUGCUACAGUACCACUACUACACAACCAAGUCGCCGUCGGCAUUCUUCAACGAAUGGAUCUUGCCGCUCUCGUGGCUGACGGCGGGCAAUCCCAACCUCAACAUUCCCGCCGUCGGCUCAGAGUUGACGUCGCUGGCGCCGCCAGAUUCGCGGCUGCACCUGUUGUCGACACUGUCGGAGCUGGAUCUCGGGCUAUUGAUUGCCGCCGCCCGGCUCGACAUUGUGGCCGACACGGACACGGUCAACUUUGCCAUGGCAUACGACGAGUACAGCACGCUGGCAGGGCGGCAGCGCGUACAGUCGGCUACGGCAGGCAUGCUCGCGCAGGGCGGCAACGCGAGGGUCUGGAGCCGGGGCGUGGCGGCCGUGGCAUGGGAGCGACUCGUGACGCUGGGAUUGCUGGUGCCGGCGGGCGUGGGAGCAGGCAGCCGAAGCCAGGGACAUGGUGGCCUGGAAGCAAAGAUGUGGAGAGUGGACGUGGCGCUGGAGGAGAUUCCGGUAGCUACGAAGUUGAGCACUGUUUUGGCCAAGUGGUGCAAGGAGAUAUGA